AUGGUGCAAAUCAGCGAGGUUAAGACAACUACGGCGCGCGACAAACGUACAUCGUCGCAUACACACAUUAAGGGUCUUGGGCUGGACGACCGCGGAAUUGCGAAACCCGUUGAUGGCGGGUUUGUGGGUCAGGACGCUGCGCGCGAGGCCUGCGGCGUGAUUGUGGACAUGAUCAAGGCCAAGAAGCUUUCUGGCAAGGCCGUUCUUGUUGUUGGAGGCCCCGGCACUGGUAAGACAGCUCUUGCCCUUGCCAUGUCCCAAGAACUUGGGCCACGUGUUCCGUUUUGCCCGAUUGUUGGAUCUGAAUUGUACUCGGCAGAAGUGAAGAAGACAGAGGCAUUGAUGGAGAAUUUCCGACGUGCCAUUGGGUUACGAAUCAAGGAAACUAAAGAGGUUUAUGAGGGUGAGGUGACAGAACUGACUCCUGAGGAGGCAGAGAAUCCGCUUGGAGGUUAUGGGAAAACAAUCACACACGUUGUGAUUGGGCUUAAGUCAGCUAAGGGUACACGACGCCUGCGGCUAGAGCCGAGCAUAUACGAGUCUAUUCAAAAGGAGCGGGUUGCAGUUGGAGAUGUGAUUUAUUUGGAGGCCAACACUGGAGCUGUAAAGCGAGUGGGUCGGUCAGACGCUUAUGCGACCGAGUUUGACUUGGAAGCUGAGGAGUACGUGCCGUUGCCUAAGGGAGACGUGCACAAGAAAAAGGAGAUUGUGCAAGACGUGACUCUGCACGAUUUGGAUGCAGCAAACGCACGGCCACAGGGAGGCCAGGAUAUUAUGUCGAUGAUGGGACAGUUGAUGAAGCCAAAGAAGACGGAAAUUACAGAUAAGCUGCGUUCGGAAAUCAAUAAGGUUGUGCAGAAGUACAUUGACCAGGGCGUUGCAGAGCUGGUACCGGGAGUUUUGUUUAUUGACGAGGUGCAUAUGCUGGACAUUGAGAUGUUUACCUACCUGAAUCGUGCGCUGGAAACUACCAUUUCGCCUGUUGUUGUGCUUGCAACCAACCGUGGCAAAGCUCUUAUUCGCGGAACUGAAGAUAUUGUGGCACCCCACGGUAUUCCUCCAGAUUUCAUUGACCGUUUGCUGAUUGUGCGAACUAUCAAGUAUACUCAAGAGGAGAUCCGGACUAUUGUGGAGAAGCGAUCUGUGUUGGAGGAGACUCCGGCAACCACUGGGGCUUUAGAUGAACUUGCACGAGUUGGUCACGAAGUGUCGCUGCGGUACACUCUACAAUUGCUUGCGCCAGCACGGAUUGUUGCCGAAGCCAAUGGGCGCACUGAGAUUGAUGUUGCAGAUGUUGAAGAGUGCCAGGACAUGUUUCUGGAUGCAAAGCGCAGUACUAAGAUACUUCAAGAGAGUGAAAAGUACUUGAAUUAA